GCACAGUGCAUCGCCCCGAAUGACCGCGUACGUCAAACUCGCACGAAACCAAACACUCAUCAAUUGUUAUUAUGGUAAUGAAUCCACGGUGCGUGUGUAAUUAAUCCGGCUCACGAAUUGCUCAACAACGAAACAUCGUCGGUGAGACACGCGAGUUGCGAAUAAAGUCGAUCGCGCGUUCGUGAUGAUACAUCGUCUGUGAAAUAUUACAUCGCGCUGUCAGAAUAAAUCGGUUUGUCAGCUCCAGACAUUUGAGUCAUCAACAACAAAGGCAUAUUAAGCUGAAGAGUGUGAACGGUGGUAUCAUCCCGCAUGAUUAUUCCUAACGUGGAUUAACGCACGAUACUGGUAAAAUGCCGCCACCGCCACACAGGAGAGAGCAUCAUCGCCGUCAACCGUACAAUUUCUCUUAUGUCAGUUCCUGCUACAAGUAUUUGAUAUUCCUGCUGAAUUUUAUCUUCUGGCUAUGUGGAGGUCUGCUGAUUGGUAUUGGAGUUUAUGCAUUUAUAGACAAAUGGCAGCUGACUGGCUCAGUAAAACUUGAAAAUGUCUAUGAUGUUAUCCUUAACAUCUCACUGGUGAUGAUUAUCAUGGGUGGUGUCAUUUUCACGGUCAGUUUUGCUGGCUGUGUUGGUGCACUGAGAGAAAACACUUGCCUACUCAAACUUUACUCAUUAUGUCUACUUGUGUUCUUCCUGCUUGAGAUGGGCAUUGCCAUCAUUGGUUUUGUAUUCCCACAAUCAAUGCAGUCCAUGUUAGAAGAAAACUUCACUGAUAAAAUCAUUCACACAUAUCGCGACGAUCCCGAUCUGCAGAAUUUCAUUGAUUUUGCUCAACAGGAAUUCCGGUGUUGUGGAUUAAGUUCUGAAGGCUACAUUGAUUGGUCGAAAAAUGAGUACUUCAACUGUUCAUCACCGAGCGUAGAGCGUUGCGGUGUGCCGUUCUCAUGCUGCAUCAACGCGACCGACAUCAGUUCCGGUUUAUUGAACAUUAUGUGCGGCUACGGUGUACAAACUCUACCGGUGGCUGAGGCAAGUAAAAAAGUGUGGACGUCCGGCUGUAUUGAGAUUGUACGCUCGUGGGCUGAGCGUAAUCUGUACACGAUAGCAAUCAUCGCGCUGUCAACCGCUCUAGCACAGCUCUUCGUAAUCUACCUGGCAAAAACACUCGAGGGCCAGAUCGAUCUGCAGAAGUCGCGGUGGUCCAGUUGAAAUAUCGGGUACGAGGCGCUGCCGCUGUGCUACGAGCCCAGGGUGCUUUUGUAAGUGUACAUAUUUCACAGUCGACCCGGCGCAUAUGUUAAACUAGAAACCAGACACACGCGUUCGCCAAUAUUUCAAAUUAUUCUCGAUGAGAAUGAAAAUACAACAAAAAACGCCAAAUCUUAUAAUUAUUUUAGUUAGAUAGGCUACCUACUUGUGCGACUGCAGCCGCAUUUUAUACUUUACACUCAAGUUUUCUGAUUUUGAUACUUUUAAGAUUUUUUCGAAUAAGAAUUUCAAACGAAUCGUAAUAAACGUAAAUUGUUGUGUUCGGUAUAAAAAUUCAACAUUCCGUGCCAAAAAAUUAGUGAAUCGACACAGAAACAUAAGCAUAAAACAAAGGAGACAUAUGAUCAAUGAAAUAAGCUACCAAAUAAAUGAUAAAUAAGUAUUUAAACAAAUUUAAAUAUAAAAACUACAAAAAAUCGAGAUAUAAAUGAAUUUACGAUAUUUUUAUAUCGAUUAGGGGCUAGAAUAUUUUAUUCAAUUAAAAUAAUAAUAAUUUCCGAAUAGACUUUUUUAUGAUUCCAAUAAAUAAUUAAAGAAAUUACGUAAUAAAGCGUCUAUAGCUGAUAAUCUGUAGCAUUUUUCAGCAAGAAACUUUUUAUACUAAUUUUACGCUCUCAUGUAUACUCAUGUGUAAUCUCUAAUCAUCACUUAAUGUGUAUAUAUAUUUUCGACUUGGACAUCGCAAGCGCCAUGGUAUUAUUAUUACUACUAUUAUUGUCGUUAUGAAUUUUUGGUUGUAUCCGAUUGUGAUUUCUGUGAGCAUGCAAUAUCUUGUAUGCUUUGUCUCAUCCCCGAAAUAUCAAAUGUCAUUUCAUGAUAAUAAAUAUAAUCAAACGAGA